UAAUUGGCAAAUGAGAUUUAUCAUUAAGCAAUGCGCUAAUUUCUAACUAGAACCCGAAGUCAUAACUGCUGCUGAGAAUGUGACUCCUCAACCCCAGCCGAUGCUGUUCCCUGCCUGGGAAGACCCGAAUAUACAGGGCGCCCAAUUCAGCCUAGACGUCCCCCGUUCGAGUGUGGCACCUCCCAUCCCGGUAAGGUCGAACUUCGGCUUUUCUUCAAACUUCCUUGAGAGUGCACCAUCCCUUCCCCCGGUCCCAGCAAAUCCGGUACCCACGAGUUUCGUGUUUGGUGCAGGUGUCUCCGAAGCUCCCCAAGAGAGUAUUGCCCUUCUUCCCUCUCCCUCGGUAAACCUAGCAAAUACCACGGAGUUUAAUUUCAACUCGGGCAACACCAACAUCCACAACCCCUUCGCGGAUGCCAACAAUCAACCCACUCAACCAUCAAUACCUGAGUCGGCCGCUGAAACUUCCGUCUUUAAUGGCAUCAAGGAAGAAGUACGUGCUGGAGACCUCGACGAGGCCUGGGCGCUGCUUGAGGGCCUAUCGAGCGAAGAGGAGGAGGUUGAAACCACCGCCACCGCCGGUCCUGUUUCUACCGAGGUGGAUCCUCUCGAUGACUUUAUCCAACGAACAAAGAAGGAACUCACACAGGAGCAAAUCGACGCGGCAGACAAUCUCACCCAGGAGGACAUCGACGCGAUGAAUAUAGAGUCAACCGAUGUGGUGAACCAGGAGCCAACGACCGCCCCGGCUUUUGGUAACAAUUUCGCACAGGUCGAGUACCAACCUGUGCCCCAGGGGCCAAUCUUCUUCACCCCGGAGGCCGUCAGCGCCAUGAUUCAGCAGCCAACCAACCCAGUGGUAGAGGAGCCAAUGGCCGGCCCUGUUUCCGUCGAGCCCAUCCCUGUGCCCGAUUUCUUCGAGCGCCAAUAUACUACGGAAGAAAUGAACGAGAUAGUCCAAUCUGAUGACUGGCAGACCUUCGAUAGAGAUCACCCGACAUUCAUGGAUCAAGACUUCUCACAAGGUGGUCGAAUCUCUCCGGGUGGGACAAUCCAGAAUCCCCCUGCUCCAGCUCCCGUCGUCGCCCCCGAAAAUCCUUCCGACGACUCCAAUCUAUUACCUCUCGACUUUUCCGAAGCGGCUUUUGACCAGAUGACGCAGAACUUGCCUCAAUUUGGGUUCAUGGACCAGUACCAACAACUACAACCCGACGUCCCCGCCCCCACAGUUCCUCUGUCCGAUGAGAUGGAGAUAGACGACCAGCCCGAGCCUUCCGACGCUGGCGGAGAAAUGAUGAUGGAUGAGGGAUUGGAACCUUCCAACGCUUAUGGUCAAGGAGACGUCGAGAUGACCUUUGUCGGCGCCCAAGCACCUGAGUGGCAACAUGUUGACCAAGAGAUGGACUCCAUGCCGGGUCUCACAUUUGCCAACCCCCCGGUCCCCUUCGGACAAUCUGUCGCCGGCCCUGUUACUUCCCCGCCGGAUAUUGAUGACGUGGACAACCGACCUGUGGACAGCAUGGAGCUUAACACUGUCCAAGAACCACAAGUCAACGAAACUGAGGAGGAUGACAUGUUUGGGUCUCCUAGCGAAAGUAAGUUAAUCCCAGAAACAACUGUGAAAGUAAAUACUAAUGUUGAGAUAGGCCUAGAUGAUGUCUUUGGCCCGGAAGAUGAGGUAGAGAUGGAAGAUGUACCGAUACCAUUCGCAUCCAACCCCCAGUCCUCCCCGCCCAGAGCAUCAAACACCAACUCUGGCAUUGUGCAAGCCCUCCGAACGGCUCGACCUAUGUACCCGCAUCCGGCAAGGCGACCAGUGGUUCCUCCUACCAGUGCAGAGCCAACGCCUCCUCAUACCCCGCGCUCGAACAACCCCACGCCGGGUAACCUUCAAGGAGUGGCGAGAUUUGGCCUAACUUUCCCGGCCGUCUCAGAAACCCCAGCCACAGCACCGGCCACGCCAACUUUCAACCCACGAAUGAAUGAGGGUCCAGCCAGAGGAGGAUUGAAAAUCGCCGAGCCAGCGGGGGAAAUACCCCUUCAAGAUCGAGCACUAUUCUCUUUUCAAGGUAGUAAACCCUGGUGGCUUGAAGACUAAUCAAAAUGUAGUCCCGAAGUCGUGGCUUCUCCCGUGCAAACCACGCAAGCAACAGGAGCCAUUGACCCUUCCCGUGAAACCUGCAGUAAAAAACCAGGUUAAGAAGACGGAAGCAGAGUGGGAGGAGGAGAAGCGCAAGAGGAACGAGAAGGCGCUGGCGGCUAUGAAAGCUAGACAGAAUAAGCAGCCGUCUUUCAUGCGCCCGAACCGACAGCCCCAAAAGCCCCAGAAGCCUGCCGAGAAGAAGUAGAGUUCAGCAUACCAGUCAUACCAUUUGGUGCUCUGCUGCCGGCUUCUGAAUCCUUUGGUCCGGACUUCUUGCGUGGAGAAGAAAAAAAAAAGAAAAAAAAAAGAA